AUGUCUACGUUUUUUGAUGAAAUGAGCAAAUCGUUUGCUGACGUCAAGGUCAGUGACGGUAAGAUUGAUACUGCUGACUUUUUACAAGCAUCUGAGUCGUUGGUUAAGUUGUUUGAUCUUUUAGGGUCGUCUGCAUUUACUGUGGUCAAGUCAGAUAUGACGGGAAACAUUACGAAGAUACGUAACAAGUUAUUAGAAGAUCCAGCCAACUCCGCCACUUUACAGGAUUUGGUGCUUACUGAAGCCAAGACCAAGACCAAAACUGCCACGCAAGGUUUGUUGUGGUUGUCUCGUGGGUUGCAAUUUACAGCACAAGCUAUGAGAGAGACAGUUGAUGCUCCUGGUAAGGAAUUGACCGUUACAUUCACUGAUGCAUACACCAAGACGUUGUCUAAGUUCCAUGGUAUGUUGGUCAAGCCAGUUUUCAAGUUGGCGAUGAAGGCGUGUCCAUAUAGAAAGGACUUUUUUGAAAAGUUGGGUGCUGAUCAAACUAAGGUUGCUGAGCAAUUACAAAAGUGGUUAGAGGCAUUAGAAGGUAUUGUUAAGAUUAUUAUGGACUUUUUUGCAUCUGGAAACUAUGGUAAGGGUUUAUAG